AUUUCUACGGAGCUCUCGAUCCGUAGCGAAGCUCUGUUUCGUUUUACCGAGACGAUUUAAAACGCUCCGAAGACACAAAGAAGAGUAAAGUAUGUUUGUAAACGCGUCCAAAAGGUCAGCCAAGACUCUCGAAUCUGCAGAGGCUGACGUUCGCGAGGAUGAAGAACAGGCUGUCAAAUUUCAAGAAAUUAUCGAUCUUCUUGUCGCCGCUGGAUACUUUAGAGCCAGGAUAAAAGGGCUCACCAGCUUCGACAAGGUAGUCGGAGGAAUGACUUGGUGCAUCGAGUCAUGCAACUUUGAUGUUGACGUCGAUCUGUUGUUUCAAGAAAAUCUCACUAUUGGUCAGAAAAUAGCUCUGACUGAAAAAAUAGUCGCGAUGUUGCCAAAAAUGAAUUGUCCGCAUCGCAUAGAACCUCACCAAAUUCAGGGAUUAGAUUGCAUUCACAUCUUUCCGAUAAUACAGUGGCUGGUCAAACGAUCGAUGGAAAUGCGAGAGGUGAUGGGAGACUUUGUCAGGUCUUAUGCUGUCAGUCAAUUUGACAAAAAUUACACGUUUGCCGAAGACAGCGAAAUGGUUGCAAAAAAGGAAAGCAUGGCAUCUAAUUUAAAAACUGUCAAGCAAGUGUACAAGCCUCAGCGUUAUUUUAGAAGAAAGGAUCCUCCUCCGGAAGAUGAGAUGGGAAGAGUGCAAAGCACACUUCUGGAGUAUGGAUCAUCGUCCGUAGUAUCCUUGUCACCUUCUGAAGUCAUUGAAGAUACACAGGCGGACGAUGCCACCUCAAGUGCGAAGAAAGUGCAGGAAGAAGAGAAACGCAUAGACGAGCUUAUGAAGAACAUGUCAGUCGCUGAUGAUAACGAGGGUCGGCUGAGUGCCAGUGCAGUUGGAACGAUUGUCGGAAUGCAGGCCCAGGAAAUAGUUCAAGCUGCAGAACACUACGCAGCGUUGAGUGCCGACAUAGAGGGAAGCAGUGUGGAGGGUUCAUUUGGAGCGUUAGCUGCUCUUGAAAAACAAAAAGCAACUCUUGAAGAGAGAAAAUUGAAAAUGGAAAAAGAUAAGGAGAAUUUAUCAAGCAAAGUGUCAGAAGCCACAGAAAAACUCAGAGCUAUCGAAAUUAAAAAAGAAGAAGUGGAGAAAGAUUUCCGCAGGAUGGAAGAGUUGGAGACUGAAGAGAAUAAGAGCGUGCUGCUAAGACUGCAGAAGCUUCUCCUCAUUCAUGAUAGUCUGAAGGAACAAGAACACAAGUUCCGUGAACAGUGCAAAUCUGACUUGGCUCAGCUCCAAAGUUUGGUACCGGAUAUCGAGGGUACUGAGCCUGGGGAAGCACAGUGCGAUAUUUCCGAUUACGAGGUUCAAAAGGAGAGGGUAAAUAAGCUAAGGCUUCAAGUUGCCAAAAAGAACAGAGCCAUAGCAUCGCUGACCAGACAGCUAGACGACGUUCCUGGUAGAUCUGAGUUGACGCAAUACCAGAGACGGUUCUUGGAGCUUUAUAAUCAAGUAUCUGCAAAACAUAAAGAAACAAAGCAGUAUUACACUCUGUACAAUACUCUGGACGACACGAAAUUGUACCUAAGUAAAGAAUUGGCUCUGCUGAAUUCUAUUCAGGACAAUUACAACAAAGCAAUGGCAUCAGCCAGUGGUAAGGAGCAGUUUUUGAAACAAUUUGAAGCUAUUGUUUCUGGAAUAAAACAAAACAAAACGAAGGUGGAAAAAAGGUGUGCGGAAGAACGGGCUCGCAGAGAUUCUCUGAGUCAACAGUUGGUUACUUUGGUGGAACAGCAGCGAAAAUACGUAGCGGCAGUACGGCAAUUAACCAUCGAGUGCCGCAAAAAUGAAGCAUUGUUGGCACAGCUUCGUGGGCCGUAGUUUGUAUCAGUGGGUUGUUGCUAUUCUGCGUAUUAUUUAACUAUAUCGUAAUGUGAUACAUGAUGUAUAUAAUACACCGUCGUAAUUUACACCACAUAAGAUUAUUAUUGUUAUCGGUAGCGAGUGAGUGUUGAAUACGAUUGUAUAGCCGAAGUAAAAUUGGUCAUAUCAAUAUUGUUGCAGCAGCAUUUUAAUUGAGUAUGGACUGUAAAAGAUGUCACAAACAUUUCUUCUUUGCAACCUAAGUUUUUGGAUAAUUUACGCCAAUUUCUGUAUAAUAUUCUCUACAACUGAUUAUUUAAAAAUACAUUUGCUCCUUUGCUUUGAGCACGGAUUCAACAAUCUUAUCGUUUUUUCACUAAAUUGCCAGCGUGGUCUGUUUGUUAUCUGAAAAAAAAAGGGAUACUUAAUUUGAGUGAAAGAUUAUUUCAAGUACAUAGAAACUAUAUGUUUCGGUUGAAAAUAAUUGAAGAUAAGAAAUUCAGAAAAUACCGUCGCUCAAUUUUGGUUAAUUUUCUUCAAAUUUUGCACGUAUUCUUGGUCAACCGCCGAAAUGGUAAACAGGAGCAGCAAAGAAAAGCUGAAACACCGAUUACAUGAUUUUAGAUACAAUCAAUUUAUUUAAUUGAUUUCUUACGAUUGACAUAAUAUUUUGAAACACAGUUUCAAUAUCUUAAGAGUUAAAAAUGAAAUUACAUAAUAUUCGUACUCCAUUUUUUUUUUCUUCCUUUUUUGUAACGAUAGAAUAAUUCAUUUCAUAAUAUUUUCUUACGAUGUGACGUUUUUGAAUGAUGUAUUUUUAAAUCGGGAGUUACAGUCUUUUUCUAAGGGGUUUAAGGAGGGAGGAAAUGCACAUACGAUCAUGAUUCACUCAAUUUCUUUUUUUUUUUUUUCUAUACAAUUAUUUGAUUUGCACUCUUUUGUUCAUCAGAUGGCAUCUGGUUUUAUGGCAUGAAAUGAAUUAUAUAAACUGAAAUCAUAACGUUCUGUUUGUAUGAAACGUCAUCGAAAGACAGAUCACACGGUAUUAAAUCUUUGUCCCGCAUAAUUGUAUAAUUAUAAUUACCAUAACUGAGCAUAUGUAUAAAAAUUGGCAGUAUAUAUUCGUAAACAGUAAGAAAAUAUACAAAAUCACUCGAUCAGCUGAUAAAAGAUUAUUUCACGCAGAUAUAGAUUUUCUU